AUGGCCCCAGUCGCUAACGGAAACAACGCCGCCAACGGCCAAGCUGCCAACGGCAACGGCAACGCCGCCAAUGUGCCCGUCAACCCCACCAACGCUCGUCACGAGCAGCGCGAGUUCAUCCGCGUCAACUCGGACAAGGUGCAGUACACCAACGAGGCCAUCACCACCGACUACAAGUACCUCAACACCCACGUCGAGAAGGUCCACCACGACGACGGCACUACCGAGUACGUCGCCACGCCCAUCGAGCGUCAGUACCAGUUCAAGACCGAGCGCAAGGUGCCCCGCACCGGUCUCAUGAUGGUCGGCUGGGGCGGCAACAACGGCACCACCAUCACCGCCACCAUCCUCGCCAACAAGCACAACAUCACCUGGCACAACAAGGACGGCGUCCAGGUGCCCAACUACUACGGCUCGCUCGUUCGCGCCUCCACCAUCCGCCUCGGCACCGACCCCGCCACGGGCAAGGACGUCUGGGUGCCCUUCUCCAACGUCCUCCCCAUGGUCCACCCCAACGACCUCGUCCUCGGCGGCUGGGACAUCUCGGGCCUCCCCAUGGACCAGGCCAUGGCGCGCUCCAAGGUGCUCGACUACGAUCUGCAGCGCCAGGUCGCCCCCUACAUGGCCGAGAUGAAGCCCCUCGCCUCGGUCUACUACCCGGACUUUAUCGCCCAGAACCAGGAGGAGCGCGCCGACAACACGCUCCCCGGCCAGUCCAAGGCGGCCCACGUCGACCAGAUCCGCGCUGACAUCCGCGAGUUCAAGCGCCAGAACAACCUCGACAAGGUCAUCGUCGUCUGGACCGCCAACACGGAGCGCUACUCGGAGAUCCUCGCCGGCGUCAACGACACCGCCGACAACCUGCUCAAGGCCGUCGAGCAGAACCACGACGAGGUGUCGCCCUCGACCAUCUUUGCGAUUGCGUGCAUCCUCGAGAAUGCGCCCUACGUCAACGGCGCCCCGCAGAACACCUUUGUGCCCGGCUGCAUCGAGCUCGCCGAGAAGCACAAGGCGUUCAUCGGCGGCGACGACCUCAAGACGGGCCAGACCAAGGUCAAGUCGGUGCUCGCCGAGUUCCUGGUGAACGCCGGCAUCAAGCCGCUCUCGAUCGCCUCGUACAACCACCUGGGCAACAACGAUGGCUACAACCUGAGCUCGCAGCGCCAGUUCAAGUCCAAGGAGAUCUCCAAGGCGAGCGUCGUCGACGACUGCUGUGCGGCCAACCACCUGCUGUACCGCCCCGCCGUGCCCGGCAAGAAGACCGCCGACGGCAAGGCCGACAAGGGCGAGCACCCGGACCACUGCAUCGUGAUCAAGUACCAGCCCGCCGUGGGUGACCAGAAGGUCGCCAUGGACGACUACACGUCCGAGCUGUGCAUGGGCGGCCGCAACCGGCUGUACGUGACCAACCUGUGCGAGGACUCGCUGCUCGCCUCGCCGCUGCUGCUCGACCUCACCAUCCUGGCCGAGCUCAUGACGCGCAUCACCUACAAGGCCGGCGCGGACGACAAGGAGUGGAACUCGAUGUACUCGGUGCUCUCGCUGCUGUCGUACUCGCUCAAGGCGCCCGUCGUCAAGCCGGGCACCGACGUGGUCAACUCGCUCAACCGCCAGCGCGCCGCGUGCACCAACUUCCUGCGCGCCUGCCUCGGCCUCGCCCCCGAGUCGGACCUCCUGCUCGAGACGCGUGUGUGGUAA